GCGAGAGAGCGAGAGGAGCCCGGAGAAAGGGAUAAGGCAGAUCCUGGGAAGCGAGAGAAAGAGAGACUCCUGCAGGAGGGGGACCUGGGCGGGGAGAGGACAUUGCCGGUGAAGGGCCUGGAGGGGAGCGCAAAGAUCGGGACUGCUCACAAGCAUCCGACUUGUUGAAAGACGUCGAGCGAGGCCAGAGACUGUGCCCGGGGCCGGGGGACAAAGCGGCGUUGGGCGCGGAGCGAGAGGGAGCUGGCGCUGGCCCGCCGGGAUGGUGCAACUCGAGCGGUGAAAAUGGUCUUUGUCCAACUUUUCUGAUGCCGGGAGGCCGGGCGGCACGGCUCUAGCGGGAAAGGCUCCUGCGAACACUCCUCGAGUAAUGCUGGGAAGUGGAGGGGGUGUUGCUGGAGUCCUGCACAAGCAUUUCUCUGCAAAGACCUCUGUGCUUUAAUUUCGAAAGGUAUUAAAACAUUCCAACAAAUAGACUAUUUCAAGAGAGUGGUGUGUGCUUGUUGAAGAUGGUGGUAUUUACAGAGAAUCUUCAUGGAUUCUAAUGCUGGCAUCAGUGCAAGAAGAGUGUCGGGAAUGGGUUGGCUCUGGAUGGUCUUCUUCUUUCAUCUAGUCACCUCAUUAGAAGAAAUACUUCUGGAUACGACUCAAGAGACCUCAGAGAUUGGCUGGACUGCACAUCCUUCUGAUGGGUGGGAUGAGGUAAGUGUCCUGGAUGACAAGAAGCGCCUGAUCCGAACCUUUCAAGUGUGCAACGUGGCUGAACCAGGUCAGAAUAACUGGCUGCGCACUCACUUCAUAGAGCGGCGCGGGGCCCACCGCGUCCACGUCCGGCUCCGCUUCUCCGUGAGGGACUGCGCCAGCAUGCGCACCGUGGCCUCCUCCUGCAAGGAGACUUUCACACUCUACUACCACCAGUCGGACACUGACAUUGCCUCUCAGGACAUGCCGGAGUGGCGUGAGGGCCCCUGGACCAAAGUGGAUACUAUUGCAGCUGAUGAAAGCUUUUCCCAGGUGGACAGCACCGGGAAGGUGGUCAAGAUGAAUGUUAAAGUACGUAGCUUUGGGCCACUCACCAAGCAUGGCUUCUACCUGGCCUUCCAGGAUUCGGGAGCCUGCAUGUCCUUGGUGGCAGUCCAAGUCUUUUUCUACAAGUGCCCAGCUGUGGUGAAAGGGUUUGCCUCCUUUCCUGAAACGUUUGCUGGCGGGGAGAGGACCUCACUGGUGGAGUCCCCAGGGACAUGUGUACCCAACGCUGAAGAGACGAGCACGACGGGGUCCUCGAGUGUUCGGCUGCACUGCAAUGGAGAAGGGGAGUGGAUGGUGGCCAUUGGACGAUGUACCUGCAAGGCUGGCUACCAGCCUGUGGAUGAUGAACGAGCCUGCCAAGCUUGUGCCCCUGGUUUCUUUAAAGUAUCUGUGGGAGAUGACCCCUGCCAUCUGUGCCCUGCCCACAGCCACGCUCCACUGCCGGGUUCCCGGGAAUGUGUGUGUCAGAACCGGUACUACCGAUCUGCUUCGGACAAUUCUGAUGCUCCCUGCACUGGCAUCCCCUCUGCUCCUCGUGACCUCAGCUAUGAAAUCGUGGGCUCCAACGUGCUGCUGACCUGGCGCCUCCCCAAGGACCUGGGCGGCCGCAAGGACGUUUUCUUCAACGUGAUCUGCAAGGUGUGCCCGGCGGGCUCGGCGGGGCCGUGCGUGCGCUGCGGGGACAGCGUGCACUUCGAGCCGCGCCAGGUGGGGCUGACCGAGAGCCGCGUGCAGGUCUCCAACCUCCUGGCCCGUGUGCACUACACCUUCGAGAUCCAGGCCGUCAACCUCGUCACUGAGCUCAGCUCAGAAGCACCCCACUUUGCCACCAUCAAUGUCAGCACCAGCCAGUCAGUCCCCUCUGCUGUGCCUAUGAUGCAUCAGGUGAGUCGUACUACCAACAGCAUCACACUGUCAUGGCCUCAGCCAGACCAGCCCAAUGGGGUCAUCCUGGAUUACCAGCUACGCUACUUUGACAAGGCAGAAGAUGAGGAUAAUUCCUUGACCUUAACUAGUGAGACCAACAUGGCCACAAUAUCAAGUCUGAGCCCAGGGAAGAUCUAUGCCUUCCAAGUGCGUGCUAGGACAGCAAUCGGCUACGGCCCUUACAGUGGGAAGAUGUAUUUCCAGACUUUAACAGGAGGGGAGCGCUCGGAGAUGGUGCAGGACCGACUGCCGCUGAUCGUGGGCUCAGCGCUCGGGGGUCUGGCCUUCUUGGUAAUUGCUGCCAUUGCCAUCCUUGCCAUCAUCUUCAAGAGUAAAAGGCGAGAGACCCCAUACACAGACCGCCUGCAGCAGUAUAUCGGUGCACGAGGACUUGGAGUGAAGUACUACAUUGAUCCUUCAACCUAUGAAGAUCCCAAUGAAGCCAUUCGAGAAUUUGCCAAGGAGAUUGAUGUGUCCCUCAUAAAGAUUGAGGAGGUCAUUGGAUCAGGAGAGUUUGGAGAGGUGUGCUUUGGGCGCCUGAAACACCCAGGGAAGCGUGAAUACAUGGUAGCUAUUAAGACCUUGAAGUCAGGUUACACAGAGGAGCAGCGGCGGGAGUUCCUGAGCGAGGCCAGCAUCAUGGGGCAGUUUGAGCAUCCCAAUGUCAUCCACCUGGAGGGGGUGGUCACCAAGAGCCGACCAGUCAUGAUUGUCACAGAGUUCAUGGAGAAUGGAUCGCUGGAUUCCUUCCUCAGGCAGAAGGAAGGGCAGUUCAGUGUGCUGCAGCUGGUGGGAAUGCUGCGGGGGAUUGCAGCCGGCAUGCGCUACCUGUCAGACAUGAACUAUGUGCAUCGUGACCUGGCAGCACGAAACAUCCUGGUCAACAGUAACCUGGUGUGCAAGGUGUCAGACUUUGGGUUGUCCCGCUUCCUGGAGGAUGAUGCUUCCAAUCCCACCUACACGGGGGGUCUGGGCUGCAAAAUCCCCAUCCGCUGGACUGCCCCUGAAGCCAUCCAGUACCGCAAGUUCACCUCCUCCAGUGAUGUCUGGAGCUAUGGCAUUGUCAUGUGGGAGGUGAUGUCCUACGGUGAGAGGCCUUACUGGGACAUGUCCAAUCAGGAUGUAAUUAAUGCCAUUGACCAGGACUAUCGCUUGCCACCACCUCCAGACUGUCCAACUGUUUUGCACCUGCUGAUGCUUGACUGCUGGCAGAAGGAGAGGGUCCAGAGACCCAAAUUUGAGCAAAUAGUCAGUGCCCUGGAUAAAAUGAUUCGCAAGCCAUCGGCCCUCAAAGCCAUUGGCACUGGGACCAGCAGAACCUGCCUCUUUUGCAGACCAUCUCAGCCUCUCCUGAGCAACUGUCCUCCAGAUUUCCCUUCCCUUAGCAAUGCCCACGAGUGGUUGGAUGCUAUCAAGAUGGGUCGCUACAAGGAGAAUUUUGACCAGGCCGGUCUGGCUACAUUUGAUGUCAUAUCACGCAUGACUCUCGAAGAUAUCCAGCGUAUUGGAAUCACCCUCGUUGGUCACCAGAAGAAGAUUCUAAACAGCAUCCAGCUCAUGCGAGUUCAUUUGAAUCAACUUGAACCAGUUGAAGUGUGAUGUUUACAUCAUCCUCAUUCCACUAGUCUCAAACUCUGGAAAGGUCCUGGGGGAAUUCAGAGCGAUUUUCAAUGUAAGGAAAAGAUGUCAGUAUGCUACUUGAAGACUUAAUGCACCCAGAGAGUGCACACCACGUGUCCUGUUCCAUGAACAAAAACGAAGCCUUGCUGUGAUUUGAAAGCAGAACUGAAUGACUGGUGACAAUUACAUGUGGCUGAUGUCAUACAUUGGGAAUGGGUUUGGGGAGGGAAGGUUGUAAUAACACGGGGAUGAGAUGGAAUAAUGGCUUGGACAGAUCACAAGCACCUGUUGCCUAUUGUCUGCCAACAAAAGGUAUCUGACAACUUUACAAAGUCAUCCGCAGGCUUUUUUUAUGGCUGAGAGCCCAGCAAAGAUGCAAAGGCAUAAUAAAGGCAACAAAAAAUUAGCUUUCUUUUCCAGAAGAAUGCCAUUGUGGUGUGAAAGAUUAUUCCUCAGAUGGAGAUGAGCAUCAGGCUAUCACUUGGUGUGCCAGCUCAGUUCGGAACUGAAGUUCCAGCUAGUGCACAGCAUGUGGUAAGCAAAAACAGAUGUCACCUGGUACUCAGGUUCAGAGUAAAGAAUCGAAAUUCAAUGCUAUUUCGUGUGCAGUUCUUGGGUCUGCUCCAUGAUGGGUAUUGCUAAUCUUUUGUGCUGACGUGAGGAACAGUCCCAUCUCUAUUUAUGGGACUGCAAGAGAAUAAACAAUGAUACCUAGAAUCCAUCCUGCAAGACCUGCAAGUGAAGCAGGAAACAAACAGGUUCUGGUUCUCACAAGCCCAUUCUUGUGAGGAAAGGCAUAACCUGUGAUACAUGGAAAUUCUGAGUACCCAGAUCUUGGGUUUUACUUUCUUCUGAACCCCAUACAAUGAAAAGCAGAAUGACAAAAAUCUGAAACUCUUUGCUGCUGAAAAAUAUUUCCUCUUUUUCUCACCCUAGCCAUUAGACACAGUUUGAUUUUUCUUUUUCAGAAAAUUCAGACAUGCAGUAGUCAGCUUCAAAAAGACAGUUGGAAUGAGUGAGGUGAAACACUUUCCAAGAUUUUGUCAAGAGUGAUCAGGGAAUAGUACCAGUCCCAUAAGUCACUUCAGUCCUUAAAAAAGGGCUAACAGUGUUCUUGGAUUCAACAAUGUUGAUCCCAAGGCACAUCAGAGUGACCAGAGUGGCAGAGUUUAUGUAUCCCUUCAGGCAGACUAUUACCUGUUUAUGGGAAACUCUGCUUCAAGAAGGAGCAGAGCUUUGGGGCUGUAUCUGUCUAUCUAUCCCCAUGAAGUUGAACUUGAGAGGAAAACUCGUAAACUACUCACUUGUCUACCUCAUCAACACAUAGGAAGGGAAAUGGAAAUGGCCCAGGUAAACAAGACCCCAGUUAUGAUACCCUCUGUGUGUCUAGAGAGGAAACAACCCCAACUGUUGUGAUCUGUGCUCAUCUGAGAACUAGACAUGAGCCUCAUGUAUUUCUCUAGCUGUCAAGUAUAUCACAACUUCUUCUCAUACUACUCCUGUAUGGAUUUAAAGAUUCCCCCAGUCAACCUAACAACUGAAGACCAAGAAGUCACACUUAAAAGUGAUUGAAAAGUCCAAUAAUAUGAUGGGAGGUGCUCCAGAAUAGUUGCACUGGAAUAGCCAAUGCAGUUCAGACUCUUUGCUGCAGCAUUAGGGUAACGUUAUUUUAAUUUUUUUAGCUGAAGAGAGAGAACAGCAGCGCAUUUUCAAGAUAUAAAAAAGUCAAUACAAAAACAAUAAAAAGAAACAUGAAUAAAACAUUCAUGACAGUACAAAGAGAGUGUGAAGAUUUAAAAAAAAAAAACCCAAAUCACAUCCGUCUAGAGUCCAACCCAGAAAAUCUCAGUCUGUGCUUUUUAAGGGGUUUCUGGAAACUUGUAAUACUCACACAUCCAGUCACAUGUAUGCUGACUGACUGUCAGCUCCACCCACGGCAUCUGAGACAGAACAAGUGUUGUCCUCUUCAGAAAGCAUAUUGAGCACAAGAUGUUGAGGGGAAUCUGUGGUCUCUAGCACCUUCCAUAUAUAUUCAUCUGAGGACAACAGUGCAUGUAUGCAUCUUCAUAUAUGAGUGUAUUCUAGAAGUUUGUGUGCCAUUUGGGGAAACUAGGCAGCCUUUCUUUUCCAUGCCUUGAGUGGUCAGGAUUACUGGAGAGAUUAGCAAUCUAGAUAGAAUUCUAUGGCCUCUUUUCAGCCUAGUAGAAACUUAUAUGCAGAAAGACAUUUUCUUGCUCUGUUCAUGUGAUAGGAAAUUAAAUGGGAGCCUUGCCUGAAUUCUGUUGUGUUAACAAUGAGACUUGGAACUGCACAAGGAGCAGGCUUGGCAUCACAUUUGAGUGCAAAUGGAUAACUAUUUUCUGUAAGAAGUGUCUCCAUUCUCUUUAUUCCCAGUGUGUUCCCAGUUUUCAGGCAGUUAUUCUCUUACACAGUUUGGGAUGCAAAGGUUCUCAAGUUGCAAUGCAACUUGUGUCAUUUGCCAUCAUGUCACUCUUUAACUGUGCAAACAUGGAGGAAGGGGCAGUCGGGGCAAAAGCAUUAGAAGUACCCUGAUCUUACUUUUCUUAAUCAUCUGAAACCAGAAAUUCUAUAUUCUGUUUCCACAGUCAUUUGGGAUGUCCUGCAAUCCUAACAGGUAGGCAUGGAAAUGAGGAGGGAAAGCAGUGGGCUCAUCUAGGCACCUAGUAUCUGCCCUUCACCAGAAGAGUGAGAAACAGUGCUGAAAAUGUCUCGCAGAGUUUUGCCAAGGAAGCAGUGGGAGAAGUUACUGCCCACCUUCACUCCUUAAGAUUUCUACAACAGGCAGUGUACAAGAAUAAUGAAUAAACUAAAUGCAUAGGGAUCAGUGGACAGACCUUCUUAAGAGUGUUAGGCAUUUGUAAGAAAGCUCAGAAGAGUCAUGCCUAUAGCUAGAAAGAAUAUAUUUCAAAGAUGAAUGUCUUUUGUGCUUGAACACCAACUUUUCACUGUCUGGAAACAGGAAGAAGCUUCACCUUAAGGCAAGCUGUUUUGUAAUUAUUCUUGAUGAGGUUCCUUGAACCUGUCUUUUUGGUGUCUGUUGCUGGACAGCCUCCCAGACAGAUAAUUGGAUCUGCACCAGGGUGUCAGUUAAUGUUCUGUGCUGCCAGAGAGCACGUCGGGCAAGCAAGUUCCCACCUAUGCUGCUUUGGCAGCCAAGUGAAAUUCUCAGCCAGGAGCUACAUGCCUGUGCACUCCUGCCUCACUAAGCCAUGGCAUGUUUCUGCCAGAAGCAGGCCCUGCUCACCAGAGUGUUCAAAGACAAGCACGUAAGCUAAGAUUUUUUCUUCCAUGCCUGAAAUGAUUUUAAGGAAAGGCUCAAUGACGGUAUAACUUACGCAGUGAUUUCUGUGCUUUGUGCCCAAGUAGCUUCAAUGCAUGUGCGGGUGAAAUGGCUGAAGUCCCUAUUUUCUUGCUUGCUUGUUUGGUUUUUUUUAAUUGAAGGGUGUAAUCUUAGUCCAUGCUUCAACAACACUGUACUAGGGCUAAUUGAGAGAGCACAAGUUGCUCCGUGGAGAGAAAUGCUGAAAGAGUCUGUCUGUUUAGCACAAACAUAUUCAGCACCUAGGGCUGUGUAGAAAGAGAGAAGCUGCUGUAGCUAGUCCCAGACAAUUCACAUGUUAGGAAGCUGAAUGAAACCUAUGGGUGUGGUGGGAAACAAUGAACACCACCAAGGAACUUGGCUUUACUAAACAAACAAGGGUAGAACUGUCAUUGUCACUGGAUCUUCCUUGGUCAUGAUUCCAGCCAACACGUCGUUCUGAGGGCAAUUCCAAGUGAAGGUAACCAACUUGAAUCCAUCCUGCUUUUGGCACAUUUUCUCAUCAGCUGGCUACAUGAUUCUUCUUAAUGAAGAAUUCAUGUCUUCUGUAUGCAGUUCAUGCCUUCUACACCUAGAGAUGCAGCUAGGCAGUAGAUUUAGGUUCAGGACAAAAGUGAUAAAUUAUCUUCCUGAAACCAGGUAAUGCUAGAGGGGCAAUGCAAUCAGCUGAUCACAUGUGAUGUGCAUUAGCAACUAUUCAUGAGUACCAGGCAUCUGGAAGAUUGCAGAUCACACAUAAGUUCGAAUCUUUGGAUAUCAUUAAAAGGCAGCAUGAAAGAGCAAACCUCAUUGCUCUACCUAAAAGCUAGUCUAAUCCUUCACUCUUUAUAUGGAAAAAAUGGCACCUCUCUCAGAAUUUACAUUUUGUUGUGGCAUUCAAGGUCAUCGUGUUCUUUGUGUAAAGCUGUUCCAUUUCAGUGUUGUUGAAAGAGCUGCACUGAGCUGAUGAAAAGCCACUGUGUCUUCCAGAUCUUGUGGAGCUGUAACUAGGACCUCAUCAAAGAGGAAUCACUCCCCCUGGUGUGCUUAAAUGCAGAGCUUAAGUGUCCCAGUGUGCUGUAGCACAGAACUGCCCUCAAAAAGCCUGGAACUUAGCCAUUUCAUUUCCCUUUCUUGGGUGAUGAGAAAACUCUCUUCCUGAAAUACUCUCAGCUGAAACAUGCGGAUUCAUGAAAACAUUCUGAGAUUUCCUUCUGGUUUCUUCCAUGACCUCUUUUCCUCAAACAAACAGGGUAAUGUGGUCUUUUACUCAAGUGCUGCAAGAGCAAGUCACAAGUAUGAAUGCAAUGGGUUAACAUCUGUGCCCCAAAUCGUUAAUAAUUUUUCCUGUUACUUAUGUGACUUAUACAAGACCAAGUGUGCUUAGCUGACAGUGCUAAAGCUGUUUGCUUCUGAAAACUUAUUCCUUUAAAUUCAGGCCAUGCUAAGUAAGGUUGGAUUUUUUUCCAGUUUAUAGUGACACUAGAAACUACACAGGCUGCUGGCUACAACUGGAAUUUGAGUUACAUCUCAUCGCAUUUUGGACACUUAGCCAAACCUACUACUGCCUAUGCAUUUGAACAGCUGGAGCAGAUUGAUCAUUUAUAAGCAAUUCUGUUGCUGAGAUCAGACUCUUACUUUCUUUGAACCCUACUAACUCUUCAAUUGAACAGGACAUUAAAAAUAAAAAAUCAGAGUUAUUCAGAGAAGUCAUCUAGUUGGACAGAUAUGAAUGACAAGGCACUAGCUCAAAUAAGCUAUUUAAAAAUAGAUCUAUUAAUGUUGUUCUGUUAGAAGAGACAGUAAUUAUAAUGUGCCUUACUGUCUCUGCUAUUAAGGUAGAAGAAGGAACAUUGAUCUUUACCCUUCAGGACAGUACACUUCAUCUCUUGACCCCCUGUUGAGUUUAACUUACAUUUGACUGAAGAAUUUUUGGUAGAAAGGCAUCUAAUCUUGGUUAAUUCAGGAAUAAUGAUUCUAAAAGAUACCUUGGACUGUUUUAUCCUGUGACUGUGAUAAUUUUUAAUUGCCAUUUCCCUGGCACUUUUUGUUUACUAGCCAAUUUGGAUAAAGAGCUCUUUGUAAUCUGAUACUUCUGCCUUUUCCACCCUCCUUGGGUCACAUACUCACUUCUUUGUAUUCUUAAAAAAGGAAAUAUUUACAUGUCUCUUUCCCUGUCACACAUCUUGUUUGGUCCUCCCAUCCUUGUUAUCUUCUUCUUCAUCUUAUCUUCUGCCUUCCUUUCUAAGAAGAGAAUAUCAAGAAGAGGUAGAACCAGUCUCACUAAUACUCUACAUGGACAGGAAACCAGCCUCUCACACUGACUGCUCGCUGCUUGUUCACUCACAGAUCACAGUAAGCCUUUCACAACUGAGUUCUUUGACUCAAUCAGGGCACUCUGAUCCUUCUGACGUAAAUGUUUAUUUUUAGGAAACCCAUUCUAUGUAGAUAGAAAGUGCACCCUUAUUUUUUUCUCAGCUGUCAAGCACAGUCCUUAGAGGAGAGUUUUCAAAAAAAUGGAUCUUUUAAAAUGCUAAGCAGUUUUUAAUCAGUAUUUCAAUCUAACAGACCAUAAAGUGAUCCAUAAGUCAAGCCUGGACUACCUAAGAUCAAUUGUAUGGGAACUUUGCAAUCCAAAUCUCAAAGUAAGUAUUUGCAAGAACUGCCUGAAUUAAGGAAAUAUAUCAGUGUCUGCCACUUCCUCCGUAGACUCAGUUUUCUCUUGCUUGUUUAUCACCUCAUCAGAAAAUCCAGCAUCUAGCUGUUCCUGGCUUGUAAGCCCUUCUUAAAUACAGUAAGGAAUGAGCCUGUGACUCCAGUUUGGUGAAACUCCAAGGGCAGAGGAGUUCCAAAUCCUGGGCCGUAUUGUUACAGCAUUUUUUAAUUACAAUCAGGAAUUUACAAACACAAAAUGUCUAAAAACUAAAAUGAUCCAGACCUUUUGAAUCCCUAAUGGCCCUAUCAAAGAUAGGCUUUACCGCCUCACCUGCCAAAUGUUGGUUCAUGACUGCUGGUUUGUAUCCUGUCACUUUUUUCCAUUUCUGCUUUGAGAGAAUACCUAUCAGAUAGGUCUCCUACAACGUACAGCCAGGGCAAAGCUAGAUGAGAUAAUCUCUAAGUAACAUAUAUGUGAUCUUAUGGGUAAGCAUUACAGCAGUAUCUUAGGAUCUAAAAUAACUCAGUCAAGAAAUUCCUAAACUCCAUCCACUCUGAAACCGAAAUAGAUUUGCUGGAGCAACUAUGGAUCACAGGCUCAGGCAUUCAGGUGUUGAAAUCUUUUAGUGGAUCUGGAUGGCCAUGCUGUAAAAUUCUCCUGUCAUUUGUUAUGAAACUGUUGGGUUGCACAGGGCUGUGUGAUGUGUGUGUUUCAUCAUAGCAGCCCAAUGGUUGUCCAUACAUCACUUGGGAUCUGUGAUGACAUUCACAGAGGAAUGGAGCAGGUGAAUUACCAAGUCUUUUAAGCUGAUGAUAGAUAUAAAAAAUAACAUGCAUCCCUUCCAGUCCUCUCUUCAAAUUGUUCCAUCGUAGUCAAGAUCCCACAAUGCUGAACUACUCUUAAGUUCUUAAGCAACCAUAUCCAUGAUGUCCUAGUCAUCAAUCUCCCCUGCUUUUUCAUUUUUUGGCAUACCAAGUCAGGUCAAGGAUCCAUUCCUGGAUCUUCUCUGUCUUGUUUAAUCAUCUGCUUUGAUGGUGGCAUAGGUAAAAAAGAAGUAUAGAUUUAUCCCUAGUCCAUUAAUGUAAACUAGAGAACUAAUUUCAUUUUCUUCAAGUUUGUAGUGUACCAGUGCCUAAGACUGAAUAUUUUUCACCAUGAGGUUGAAAAAUACCAUUCAAAUGAUCCAGAGGGAGAGCUCUGUGUCAACAAAUGUCUCCAUUUACACACCACCACUUCAUUUGAAAUUCCCUCAACAACAUUCCAGAAUUAUUUGCUGAAGGCAAAAAGAGUAAAGGAAUCUAGAGGGGGUUGGCUGAAAGAGAGAGAAAAUUAUUUUGACAAGAAUUAAGUCAUAGCAGAGAGUAAAGACAGAGCAAAUGAAAGAUUUAUGUUCUUCAGAGGAGAAGAUGAAGGGAAUAAGAACUUAUAGACUGGAAAAAUAUGUAA